AUGGACAAGAAAAGACCGGACACCAAUUCAGAACAUUGUUAUCCCAUACUUCAAACAGAUCAUUUAGCCAAUUUCAAUCAGACGUCUCUUGCAUUUCCAAAUAUUCACAUUGAAUACGACACAGGAAUGGAUCAUACGGACAGAAACAUCGAGCAAUCAAUACCUCAGAAAGGACUUGGAUUUCAUUGCGAUCGAGAGAGUAAUAUACAAAAUAAUUAUCCCGUGUUACCGACUUCUCUUGAACAGUUAAAACAGUUGCGGUGUAAUCUCAAUGAAGGAAAUUGUGUGAAUAAGGAAAAGAUGACAACAACUAGGGAACAACAAAAGCCCCUGGACGCUGCAUCCAAUCUAUGUUCGAUCGAACAUUUAAGGUCAAAAGUAGAAGAAAAAGAAACAACAACACCAACUGCUGCCACUUGUCAUUCCGCAGAAAUCAUGGUCAAGUCGAGAAGUAUCAGUGCCAGGACUUCAACCAUUCCUCCAGAAAUGAUGAGUCAUAUCCCACCCAUUUCGAAUACUUCUACUACUACUAAACCCUCCUCAUCCAAGUUGACUUGCAGCCCUUCUCGACCCGUUGGUUCUUCUAAUAAUAAUUUGAGACAACAACGAACGUUCUCAAACGCCUCUUGCGCUUCAUCAUCCUUAUCAUCAUCGACGAAUACUGUUUCUUCUUCUUCUUCUUCUUCGCAAUAUACCUCAUCGCCAACCUCAAAUAUGUUUACCAUGUUCAUUGCACCACCUCCUCAAGUGGUUAAUACUACUACCACCACUACCACCAGCACCACGAAUAAUCACCCAUUGUUGAUGAGGAGUGGCACCAGCCCUACGAAUUAUAGUCCAUCCGUCAUGAGGAUGACCACUAGUCGAUUAAGUACACGCAAUAAUUGCAAAUUCUUUGAGUAUAAACCUGGAAAUGGAAACAAGCUACAAAAAACUCCAGCUACGCUAGAGAGUCCACAGACGAUGGGGGUUACCAUGAAUAAGAUUGAAAAACAGAAAAAGAUGAAGAUCAUGAUGUCUGUACCACAGACACAAACUGCCACAACGAAUGUGAAUUUAAUACAACAGCAUGUUGUGCCUCAUCAUUCCUCGACAAGUGGUUGCAAGAUGGACGCAUUGUUGUCUGGUUCGAGAUCCUCAGUGAAUAAUAUCCUCAACAAUACGUCGUUUCAAUUGCCAUCAAUGACAACAGAGGAGACGUUGUUAUCAAGUCCAACGACAACUAGUGUGUCUUCCAACAACAUGAUCACAACUCAACUUCCACCUAUUUCGACCUUAGCCACACCAAAAACCUUCCGAACAGCAAUAUCCAUAAACGAUAUUCUCAAUUAA